UCUUUUUUUGGCAUUUUCUUGAACUCAUUUCUUUUAAACAUUUUCCAUAAAAAAAUUCAUUAAAAUAAUAAAAAUUCCAUUUUUUUAAUAUGAUAUCCAUCCAUUUAAAGCUUCUUGAUUUAAAACCAUUUGAGGGUUCUCUUUCUCUUUCUUGAAUAACGUUACAAUUUCACUGAAAACUUCUGCAAGUUUGAACCUUUAUACAAAAUUGGUGAAACCCAUUUGCAGAUUUUGUUCAUUUCAUCUUUAGAUGAAUUUGGUUCUUGUACAAAGCUUUAGUAGCAGUCAACCUUAAAUCUUACAUAACGAUAUGGGCGCUCAAAAACACGGGUCAAAGGGUGGCAGUGGUGGUGGUUAUGUUGGCGGUUUUCUGCAUCUAUUUGAUUGGAACGCAAAAUCUCGCAAGAAGUUGUUCUCAAGCAAGUCCGAAUCACCAGAACAACCGAAGCAAACAAAGAGAACCGAUGGCAACAUGCCCAUGACUCGUUUCAAUAUGAUGGAAGAAGACGACAUGAUGGGCAUUUACAGUUGUGCGACUUCAGUAACCGAAGAAGACGGUUACGGCACCAAAGCUCCUGGGGUCGUUGCACGCCUAAUGGGGCUAGAUUCGUUACCAACGGUUAACUUCUCGGACACGUACUCGAACCCGUCUUUCGACUCUCAGUCUAUUAGAGAUUCAUCGACAAAUUACAUGAGAGAUGACCCGGACUUUGAGUUGACCGACUGUCAAAUGGAGACUGUUUCUAGAGUCACAGAAGUCAAACCUCAAAAGACGGUGAUCGGUAGAGCGGUUGAGAAGUUUCAAACCGAAACGCUACCGCCAAAGUCUGCUAAAUCGAUCCCCAUUACACGUAACAAGCUGUUGUCCCCUAUCAAAAGCUCGGGAUUCGUGUCUUCGAAUAAUCCUGCUCGUAUAAUGGAAGCUGCAUCGAAGAUACCGCUUGUCGGGUCAUCAUCACCAUCACCGUCACUCUCAUCAUCAUCUACGGUUCCGUUCAGGGUGAAAGUGUCUAGGGAUCGAGUAGAGAAUUCAGCAAGAAAACCGAAGAUCCCCGAGUCUGCUCGAAAACCGUUAGAUUCAAAUGUCAAGACUCUCAAAAGUCAACAAAGUUCAGAACCGAAAAAGUCAAUUUCGUUAGCGCUUCAAGCUAAGGCUAACGUUCAAAAGCGUGAAGGGUUGAAUCAUCGAGCACAGCCUGUUAAAACUCAGUCUAACACCGAAAGAAACCCACAGAAGAAUCCUGUUUCUUCGAAUGUAUUAAAGCAGAACAAUCAGAAACAGAAUAGCUUAGUUGACCGAGGAAAGUCAACCCCGAAAGCUUCGAGUUCUAACGUCGGUCCACAAGCAAGAAAGCCGGUUUCGCACAAACCGAGCCAUAAAAAGGAACCUUAUUCCACCCGAAAAAAACGUUCCAUUGAAGACACUAAUCAUAAUAAUAACACUAAUGCUGUUCGGGAUAGAAGUUAUAGAAGUAACAGUAGUGAUGUUGUUUCUUUCACUUUCACAGCUCCAAUUGCACGCCCAGUGAUCUCUAACAACGGUUUUCUAUCCGAUAAUCAAAGUAAAAACGCACCCGAUUCGACCAGUAAUGAUUCAAACACAUCGUCUUUGAACUGUAAUGUUAUUGGAGCUGAUGCUUUAAGUGCUCUUUUGGAGCAAAAACUGAGGGAAUUAACCGAUAGUCCCGUUUCGGUUUCUCAAGAUUCUUUGUUAGCAACGGAAACCGACAUUGGAGAGGAUUCGAGUAACGGGUUUUCUUCAUACAAGCCUAAUGAUGAUUCAAGUUACGGGGUUUCUUCGAGUGAUUGUUUAGAGCUUACGAAGAAACAUCACAAGCUCGAUCUGGGCCAAGAUCUAAUGAAUACAGAUGAUUCAAGUUACGGGUUUUCCGUUAACGAUCCUCGAGAACCGAUGUUUCAUGACUACGCGUAUCGGAAAUAUCUCUUUGGUAACUUUGGCAGACAACCGAGCCCGGAUUCGGUGCUCGAACCAUCUUUUAACACCGAAAGCUGUAACUCUUCAGACACUGCCGAUACCUGCAAGCAAGAUUCAGCUUCGGUUCUAGCCCGAGAGCUAGCCGCUCCAAAAUUUUCAACAACCCCGAGCCCGAUGGAUGUCGAUACCGAUCUACUAGACUCGGCUUCUUCCAUCACAACGGUUACCAAAUGGGAACCUGAGUACGUAACCGAAGUGCUUGCAAAUAUCGAAACAAUGUUUGUCGACUUCACCAUAGGCAAGACUCGAAAGAUCGUGAACCCACGUGUGUUUGACCGGUUAGAGUUCGGUAGACCCAACGAUGAACCGGCUAAGUUAAGACGUGAGCUUGUGUUCAAUUGCGUGAGCGAGUGUAUGGAGACGCGGUGCAGGGUGUGGGCUAAAGGGUUAGCAACGGUUAGAAAACCGGAGCGGCUAGCUCAAGAAGUGUACCGAGAGAUUGCGGGGUGGGAAGAUAUGAAAGAUAGUAUGGUUGAUGAGCUCGUUGAUAAGGAUAUGAGCGGUUGUAGUUACAAAAAAUGGCUCGAUUUUGAUGUCGAAACGUUUGAAAUCGGGGUCGAGAUCGAGUCGCGGUUACUUGAUUCUUUGAUCAAUGAAGUAGUUGAUGAUAUUUUGGUUCUUUAAUGGAGAAUCAAAUGUUUUGAACUGGUUACUGGACUUGCAAAUUUUUUUUUGCAUGAUCAUUCUUUUUCUUCUCAAAACUAUGUACAAGUCUUAUUGCAUAAAAUACAAGUCAUUUGAAUUU